AUGGCCUAUCACACGGUUGCUCCGGCCAACUUCACGACGGUCGAAUGCCAUAAACAAGUCCGUUCAUGGCGGCUUCUUCGUUCCAUCUUGGAACUACUAAUCCAAGCUUGCACGUGCACUCUUGUCGAAAGACAAGAGUUCGAAGAUCACCACCAUCCCUAUCAACCUUUCCACCAUCCAAAACCUUCUUCACUAGUCUUUCCAACGACCACAAACACUAUCACCGGUACCAUAUUUGGUUCACGAACCGGAAAAGUCAAUUUUUGUAUCCAAACAAACGCUAAAUCCCAAACUCCAAUCCUUCUACUUGAACUCACCAUAUCCACCACCUUUCUUGCACGUGAAAUGAAAAAUGGUCAUCUAAGAAUCGCUCUAGAGUGCACAAAUGAGCCCGAAUCAUCUCACAAUAAUAAUAUUAAUAAACCUCUUUUAUCUAUGCCAUUAUGGACUAUGUAUUGUAAUGGAAAAAAAGUUGGAUUUGCAUUCAAGAAGAAGCCAUCAUCAAAAGAUAUCAAAGUUUUGAAACAUAUGGAGAAAGUAUGCGUUGGUGCAGGGAUCAUAAAGGCAAAAGACAUCGAACGUGAAGAUAAUAUAAUGUACCUAAGAGGAAACUUCAAUAGGGUUACAAGUAAAUCUAUGAAUCGAUCAGAAACGUUUCAUAUGAUUGAUCCUGAUGGUAAUAUCGGUCAAGAACUUAGUAUAUUCUUUUUCCGACCAAAAUAA